ACAUGUAAUAUUUAAUAAGGAAGUAAUAAUAGGAGAACAAUUGUUAUAGAGCUUCUUAGUUAUAAAGAAAUUGGCGACUAAAGUGUAAUCAUUAAAAUAUUUUGUGUUUUAGUUUAAGACCAAAGUAUAAGAGAUAAAAUCAAUUUAAUAACAAUUUAAAUGAUAAUUUGGCUCCUAAUCAGGAAAUUAAAUAAAAAAAUAAUGCAUAGCUAGAAUAUAAUGUUAUUUCUAUUAGAUUUAUCAAAUAAUCUUUAACAGAGAAUAACAAUUUAUUUAUUAUGAGAUACUUUAACCUUCCCUAAAUUGAUUUCAAUGAAAAUACAAAAGGCUUAGGCAGACUUUAACACGUCAGUUUGUUGUUACAUGAGUUAUACUCAUUCAUUUUUAAAUAUUAUUUUAUCCACUUUAAUCAGUAAAAGUAAUAUAAAUUUAAUUUAAUAAUUGUAAUUACCAGUUUUUAGCUAUAAUGGAUCCAUUUAGAAGGUCAAGUGUAAUUCCAACAAAAGAUGAAUAUUUGGAUAACGCUCAGACAUUUAAUCGAACCUCAAAAAUUUUUGAAGAAUUUCUACAUAGUUUUGAACAGUAUGAUAAGGAAGAACAGCACAAGAGACGAGAUUCAUCCUCUUUAAGUGACUGUGUUAAAGUACCUAGGAGAAGAGUAUAUGUCAAACAAAGUUAUUUUCCUGUGGACGCAUCAUUUGUAAAAGCUAAUCCAAACCAUAUUUACAUAACUGAUGUAAAUGGCCAUUUGUAUAUUGUUAAAUAUAAAGCAGUUAGAUGGUAAAAUAAUUCUAUAUGUCAAUUAAUUAUUAAUUUUAUCAAAGAAUAUUGAUAUUUUUAAAAUGUAUUUUAAUAGUAUAAAACAUUGAUUUAAACUUACCAAAUUCAAUUAAAUGUAAACCCAUAAAAAUAUCUCCAUUUUCAUUAAACCACUGUGGACUGUCUAUCAACAUA